GGGUCCUAAAAACCUAAGCAUUCACGGAUGCUGACCAAAAAGAAAUUGGGCGUGUGUGUGUGCUCCAAGGUUGCCUCUAACUAUAUAAACGCGAUUCAAAAAUCUUUCGGCAUCACUUGAACACUUCAAGAAUCCCAACAAACACAAUGAACACCUUCGUCGUUGUCGCCGUCCUCGCCGCCUUGGCCUCCGCCAACGCCGGCUUGAUCGCCGCCCCCUCGGCCAAGAUCAUCCAGGGGCCCAGCACCAAAACCACCGUCGUGGGCCCUGACGGCAGCGCCAUUUCCGCCGUGGCUCCCGGAGGCACCAUCGUCGCCGAAGACCACGCUGCUGUCGUUGCCCACUCUGCCCCCGUCGUCGCUCACGCCGCCUAUGCCGCCCCCGUGGUGGCCCACACCGCUUACGCCGCCCCCGUCGUCGCUCACGGCUAUGCCGCCCCCGUGGUCGCUCAUGCCGCCUACGCUGCCCCAGCUGUGGCUUACGCCUCCCAUGGGGUUGUUGCCCACAGCGCCGAUACCGUCGUUGCCGGACCUUCUGGUACCAUCGCCACCAGCAAAACCGUCGCCAGCCCAGCUGUUGUAGCUCACGCUGCUCCUCUUGUUUACGGACAUCACGGACUUUACAUUACAACCACCAUGAAAUCCUUCGCUGUUGUUGCCCUUUUCGCCCUUUUGGCUUGCGCCAACGCCCAGAUCUUCUCCUCUGGUAAAAUCCUCCAAGGCCCCAGCAGCAGAUCCACGGUCGUUGGGCCCGAUGGCAGCGCCAUCCACUCCGAAGCCCCUGGUGGCACCGUUGUCGCCGAACACCACUCUGGAGUAGUUGCCCACACCGCCCCUGUUGUUGCCCAUGCCCCAGUAAUCGCACACACCGCCUAUGCCGCCCCUGCCGUAGUCGCCCACCACGCACCCCUCGCCUAUGCCCAUCACGGCAUCUACGCCCAUCAUGGUUAUUACUUCUAAUUUAUUUUCUCGUAGUCGUGUCAAUAAAACAAUUUUGAAAUA